UCGUGCCGAAUGGAGGCGCGCGUGCUGGCAUUUUCGGUCGUCUGUGUCUUCUCGCGGUGUUCGGGAUCCCUUGUUUCCUUGUGUGCAGUGGGUCGUGCUCGGUUCGUCUGCCAGUCUGUGGUAGUGGUGGUAGUAGUAGUAGUUGAGCCGUGCAGGAAGUCGGUUGUCCGGGGUCAGUCAGUCAGUCAGUCAGUCCGUCUGGUUGCGUUUGGUAGGCCACAGCAACAGAACUGCAUCCGGUUCGCGUGCCCACGCACACACAGACACACCCGAAUAAACCACCCGCCCGCCCGCGUCUCGGCCUACUGCUGUUUGUGACUUUGUGAAACGUUCCAGACGGAGUGAGCGUAGUAGGCGCGAUUCGUUAGUAGUUAGUGGAUCAAGUCAUCAUUGUUGAGAACGCUUGUUUUAGUAUUUCAGUAGAACAAGUUCCGGAUAGAGCAGGCAACCAAGUUCCUUAAAUUAGACUGUGUGCGGCAGUAGAGAAAAGCAAAGACGCGCGAGUAAGUGAGUGUGAAAACGGGUCGGACAUCUUCCUUCCCGCCUUCGACGGCUGUAGUACGCUGCGUGUAGAAGUGGUUCGGUUACUAUGGCUCGCUGAAUGACACGACAAAAACGGAAAUAUUGGUCCGUACAGUACCGCGUGCGUACGUAAUCAACCCGUAUUAUCCACCCGGCAAUGGUGGUGGUGGUGAAAAAACGAGGACGUGGAAAAUUGUGCCCAUUUCUUACUUCUUGCCCACCCGGCCACUCAGCCACGGAUCCGGAAAGUGAUACGAUAUAGCAUAAAGCGACAGCAGCUUCGGGUUUUCGUUUCCUUGUGUAGCGUGUGCUUUUGUGAGCGGUCGAACACGGUGGAUGAAAGCAAAAUUUCGCUUGCGGCGGCACUAGAGCAGGGACUCGCGGAGGACCUACAACGUUUGGCCUUUGGCGCUGGCUGUACCGAACCAGUACCGACUGCUACGAUCGAAAAAAGGAGACCUUCGAUUUUUUUUUACUCGCCACUCCACAAUAUCCCCGGCAACAACGGCAACUUCAAGGUUCGGUUCGGCACACAAAUGCUUCACGUAGAGACGAUGAGUCGGACUACCGUUGAAAGCGUUACGAAAACUAGACACAUCGCAGUACUGUGGUGAACGGCUACACUACACCGCGCACUAUGUGAAACGGUGUCCAAAAAAACGGGAACACAACUGUGGCGCUUGCUGUCCCUUCCAUCUGUGUCCUUUUUUUUUCGCGCUCGUCGUUCCUUUCUUCAUCGUCCUGUGCGUGCCGUUUCUUUCUCCCCUUUGGAACCUGUCCCACAAGCAACAGGACCGCGUGUCGGAAUUGUGGAUCACACUGGAUGCCGCUUAUGUAAUUUCUGUGCAUCCUUUCGCGAGUGUGUGUCACCGUAACACAGAGGCGUAACUUGCCGCCGGUGUGCGUGUGUGUGAUAACGAGCAGCAGUGGUUGUGUAAUGUUCGGCAGUGUUCCCAUCGGAAGGCGUUCGGUUCGGAAACAUUGGUCGCACCGAAAGUGAGACGUGUUGUAAGCCCUUCGUUAGUGGGCAGAGGUGGCUCACGAAGUUGUCGAAGUAGGUUUGAUUGUGAAAGUCGUGGUUGCCCCUAGUAACGCAUCUGGCACGUACCACGGAACAGUGUCACUCAACUUGGCCGGUGCAGUAUUUGGAUAUGGUAUAGCAAGAAAUUGGAGUUCCUGUGAAGAAAUGUUAUCGUGCUUGUUUUCUGUGGUCGUAUAGAAUCGAUUGUUUACAUCCACCCUUAACUCGGUGCUGAAGAGUGACUGAAGUUGUGUGUUUGUGUCCCGGCAUAACCCCGUAGUUGCACGUAGAUACGACGUAACGGAUCUUAUGAAACCUUCGGCCGGCGACGCACGCGAUAGGAUGCCCUUGUCCGGUACCCCUAACGACGCUGCUACCCUUCGCCGAUCCUGGACCGAGUAUCAUGCUCACAGAGUCUAUCGUCGAGCGUGCGACGCCUCACAAAAGUCACCGACCGGCACCACCACAACCAGGCAUCAGCAGCAACAUCCGGAGAAGCAAUCGUAUCGCCGCAGCACCGGAUCCCGAAAACACCAGCAAAGCGUACUCCUUCACCACCGCGACGACUUCCUUUCUUCGGCAGCUUCGCGAACAGUUUACGAAACGGGCGCGUAAGCUAACGCGCAAUCGGUUCUGCUCCUCGCAGGAUAAUCUUGGUGCAUCGGAAUAUCGGAAGGAUCGUCGUAUACACGGGCUCCAGUUACCACUGCAUCCCCUGCAGCUAGUCGGUUGGUUUGCUUUGGCACUGUUCGGUUACUCUACGUUCGGUGUGUUAAUACCGGCGUUAGAACCAUCGCUACAACCUCCUCUGUACAUCGCUCUUGCCGUACUGUACGUGUUCCAUCUCGCUACUCAUCUAACCGCCCUGCUCCUUGAUCCAGCCGAUCCCGAGUUGCGCCGGCUGGGGCCGGCUAGCAAAACCGUAGUGCCAGAGUUCGAUCGUACCCGGCAUUCGCACGUGAUCGAGAACGGUCGGUGCCAUCUGUGCAACAUCCGUACGACCAGCGUCCGCACCAAGCACUGCAGCGUGUGCAACAAGUGUGUCGGUACCUUCGACCAUCACUGCAAAUGGUUGAACCAUUGCGUCGGUGGACGGAACUAUGUCGCCUUUCUGAUGUGUGUGGUGAGUGCGGUCAUAGCGGCGCUGGUCAUCCUGGCCGCAGCCAUCUUCGAGAUCGUGCUGUACCAUGUGCAGCCGGUAGGAUGGCUUAAUCUCGCCUGGUUCGGGCUGCUGGACGUUGGCGAUCAGACACCGUCGGAUGAGGGUGGCGUUGAGCUUGAGUUGACAACCGCCGCCGGCAGUAGUUCGGUCGGGACCUCACUAGCGGACGAGACGAGCACGGCCGGUGGCUUGUUGUUCGAGAACUUCACCACCUCCGCACAGGAUAUACUGCUGAAUGGGACGGUUGGUGGAAUAUUUGGCGGUGGAGACGGAGGGAAUAGCUCCGGAACGGUGGGCAGUUCUACGAACGCAACAACGCAACCUAAUGCGACGGCCACUGUAGCUGCGGCUGCUGCCGAAGGAAUCGCACUACAUCACACCGUGUUCCUGGUGUUUGUUGCAUCGCUCGGGAUUCUGGCCGCUAUAGCUGCCGGGUUGCUGUUACAUCUGUGCUUCUUUCACGUCUACAUCUCCUUUCUGGGUCUUACAACGUACGAGUAUAUCCGCAACAAUCGGCAGGCAGCUGCGGCACAACAAAACGGAGCGAAUGGUAGAGACCAUGGGACACACCUUUCGAAUGGGCCAUCGGCACUCGGUGGAGAUGUGGAAAGUGCACCGUCAAAGUUUACUCUCUUCUCCAACUGUACUCACGCAGGAUCACGCAAAUUCCCCGAGGUGUACAUCUGUUCCUCGAUCAAUCAGAAGACUACCGCUACGAUCAACGGUCCACCGACGGGGGUGUCUUUCCUGGGACGGAGAGGAGGUCCCACUAUGCCAAAUUCUCCCGCCAUAAUUCUCCCUGGCCAACUAAACGAUCUUAACCGGGUGAGACCUCGUACACUGCAUUGUUGCGAUAGUAGUAGCACGGAAUGUCGAAACAACAUCACGGCUGCUGGGUUACGGACAGUGACAGCGACGGCAAACGUUGCCUCUAGCUCGUCUAGCACCGUUACGACGUCGACGAAUGGUAAUGGCGAUGCAUCACAGCGCCAACAUCUUCAGCAGCAGCAACAUCAUCACCAUCAGAAGGCUGCCUUCUAUCUCUGCUCGAUGCUGGAAGAUGAUCCCCAUGAAGAUCCUGCCGAAGGCAAGAGCUCCGGCAAUUGUCAGGGUACGCGGACGUUUCACUGCUGUUCACAGUACAGUCGCCAGAUGGCUGCUGCGCACACCUCCUCAACCAUGACCACGAACAACAACAAUCACCACCGCCAACAUCAUCAUCAUGGGAAUGAUUUUCUUGCCGCUGCGACGGCAGCCACCCUGCUCGCCACUACCAUGACCACGUUGACGACUACGACAACGACAUCCGAGGAGGCAUACAUCCAGUACACGGAACGUUGCUCCUGCUGUAGCUUCCAAAUGCAAAAACCUGUGACGCAACCGUCAGCCGAUGGGACGGCAACGCCAGCACGGAGGCAUCAUCUCCACUCGUACGAUUUGCAUCCGUUCCGGAGAGGUUCCGAUAAGGUUUCGUCACUGGUGGAGCAGCAGCAGCAGCAGCCAGGUGGACGACGACUUUGUUGUACGACCGAAUCCCUCGCCGCAGUAAAAUCACACCAUCGGUGGAAAAGGAAAUGGAACUGUUGCUCCAGUGUGCCCGACAGUCCGGACGUUCCGGUUGAUAUGAGAACCAUCUCCGGUACGGUGUCCGUCUCCGGCAGUCGCACCGUAAUGAGUGCUCAGUUUGAUACCGGGACCCAGCCCGAGUUACCAACGAUCAGGAACGUUGCUGAGCAGCAACAGCAGCCGCACCAACAAACGACAUCGAUUGAGCGUCACUCACACGGCGCACCAGAACUGACAUGUAAUGAAAACUGUGCCAACAAUAACUGUAGUAGCGUUAGUGUUAGUAGUAGCUCGCGUGCGAUGGCCGUUCGUGCCGUCCACGAGGAUGAUACCACCGCCAUCGAACCAGACACGACGGUGACCACGUCCACUGCUGCUUCAUCUUCUUCUUCUGCUUCUUCUGCGAUAGAAAUUCUAAACUCCGAUGCCAACGGAAACGAGCUGGUACACGAACGCGACCCAAGCGCAACCUCGCCGGCCAGUGUUUCCCCCGUACCGAAACGUCCCCGUGCAAGACUCGUCCGUCCGUGGCCGGUGGUCCGUUUGCGGCACAUGAUGCGUAUGAUCGAUCGCUACCGGAGACCUCGCUGCCGGGCGAAUCUUGCCGGCAAUACCAGUGGGAGCAGUGGCUCAGUAUCAGCUGCGGCGAGUGGUAGUUCCGGCAAUGGUAAUGGCAGCUCCAUUCGGCAGAACCAAGUGCGUCCACUAUCGUCCAGCGAAUUCGCGAGUGCUCUGCUUACGGUGCCUGGGUUUGGUGCGUCGGCGCUGGCAGCGGCAGCUGCUGCGGCUGCUGCAGCAUCCUCCUCGUCCUCAUCCGCUUCACCUUCCGGGUCGACGUCCGGUGGACCAGGGUCUCCGUCCGUGCAACUCCGCUCGUCAACGGUCCGCGGAACGGCGGACGCUUCGUCAGCGAUCACGAUGCCCGUGUUGCCACCUCCGGCACGGCGACGAUUAAAAGGCGGUGGGGCGGGUUGCGUGGAACAGUUGCCGGAGUUGAUUGCAGACAUCACGACGCCGUCCCCUGCAUCGUCGGGAUCAUCCGUCCGUGGUCCGGUCCAUCCGCCGAUGAGCUAUAGGCGAAGUCGCCGCAAGAACGUUAUUCGCAACCGUAGCCCGACCCUUUCGCCAAUACACGAGUCCGGCCUAUCGAAUCCCACGUCUCCGCAGCCCUGUCGGCACGUUUAUCCUGUCUGCUCGUCCAGCACGAACUCCGGAGUCAUUCCACUGGUGACUACUACUGGGUAUACGGAUCAGUCACCUUAAGGUGGGGUUGUGGUGCUGCACGAUAGCAAGAAUUCUAGCUAGGAAAUAUCGUCGCCUAAUGUCUAAACGGAAGUUACGAGAUCAUGUCUAGUGCGAUCCACUACUAUGCACUCUAUCGAUACUGGGGCAUGUUCGCAGUUCACCGUAUCUUCAACACUAGUAAACGUAGCCACUUACCGGUAGAGAUCCGAACUUCAACAGGUUACUCAUUUGAUGCCUAACCACAGAGAGCAAGACUAGACUGCCGUUGUGUUUGUGUAGUUCGAGAAUGAAUCGUUGCCUAGGUGUACAGUGAGCUGCGUAAACGAGUACCGUUACGUUUUUAAGAGACUUAUGAUCGAUAAGCGAUCCAUUUUGAGGCUGACACGUAAUUUGACAACGCAGUUAAACGGAAGCAAACCGUAUUACGGCCACCGGAAGUAGCGAAAGUAAUACGUAUGCGAUACAACGAAAACAUUGGGAAGAGAAACGGAAAAGUGGGAAACAUUAAUCAAAAUAUUGGGAAGGUGUGUGGUGUGGUACGUUGUUUGUGUAUGCCAUUAUUCCGGCCAGAAGAUGCUUCAAUCGUUAAUCGCAAGUAGCGCUGCGAAAGAAAAGGGGUGUAGUGUAGAUAAUCAAAUUUUUUUUAUAUCAAAACACGAGUAGUUUGUGCGUGUGCAUGUUGAAGAGAGGAGUUUAUGUUGGACGAGGACGAUCCUCGAAAAGGGAUAGCGAGAUGAGAUCCCUUGUUUUUAGCAUUGUAAUGCCAGUACACAGAUAUAGUGAGGUUGUUGGCCGAUGUACAUUGAAGCAUUCGUAUCAGCAAAGAUUUGUAUCAACAGAGAACAAAAUGGGAAAAAUAAAACAGGAACGCUUUUUCACGUUGUUUGUUAGAGGAGCCUGUAGGUUUCGGCCGUGUUUGAUGGUUGUCGCUACCCAGCAGCCUCCGGUAGACACUUGUGUGCAAUGUUUGUGUGAUGGGUGUGCGUGUGUGUAUAUGUUCGCUUCUAAACUUCUAAAUAAUUCAAGUAACGUAUUGCCAACCCAUUUCUUCACGAAUUUUCCUUUUACUUUACCCCGGUAUUCCCGAUCCCCAUCUUAAGGCAGACAACUCUCUCCCUGUCUCUCUAUCACCUGCAGGUAGAACCGACGUACCCAUCACGUGUCGUUUGUUGUGUGCUUCAAAGAGGCGUGUGUUUUCCCCAUGAUUUGAAUUUCAUGUGCAUCCGUCAAUGUGUGUGUGUGUGUGUUUGUGGGUGGCUUUUUGUAAAAAGGCAUGCGGGAAAAUAAACAAAAAACCGUGGCGUGUACGGAUGAGAUUGAUCAACUCCUCAAGCCAAUAAAUAUCUCUGUCUGAAACAAGCGAAAGAGGGAUCGCGACUAAUUUAAUACAAAAAUCUAUAUCCAACGCAAAAUAGACUUUUACCAGGUGGUGCGUGUGCCUCACUCACACACACACACCGGAAAUAUCCCGAACAUCCCCAACCAGCUAGGAACGUUGAUUAAUAACGAGCAGUAGCUGAGCGAAUGAGUAAGCUGGCCUGCUGUAUGAAUGGAGCAUCAUUGUAAAGCAACGAAAUGAUAGCCGGAAAUGUAGGCACGCAGCAAACGAAAAAACACACACACACAGAAGCAAAAUCCCAACUUUAUUAAAGGGAUGAUCAAUGAUAGGCAAGUGCAGUACCCGAGUUGAGUAGGACGCAAGAGCAAAUGGUGCAACACGGAGGCGCAGUUUUGUGACGGGGAGGACUAUGAACUAUUUUUUUAUGUCGCUUUUCCUGGUCGUAAAGCAGAUCCGUAGAGCAUAUGGUGAAAUGUAAGCAAAAAAAGGGACAUAAAACACACGUACACAGAGAAAGAGUUAGUAAUGUUGACGAAAAACUGCGUUAAAUGCGUUGCAAACGUGCCGGACGUUUGCAAGUGUGUGAGUGUGUGUGCUGUAUGUGUAACCCGGGAGCACGGAGUGAAAACCGUUCCAGACGAGUGUGAUGUUGGGAAAACAGAUAUAUUAUAUAUAUACAUACAUAGUAAUAAAUAAUUGUUUAUUUGAAAACAUAACGUAACAAAUGUGAA